CCCCCACAACACACCUAGCAUAGUAAAAAGAACCAAUCUGAACGACAAAACCAGCACAAACUCCCUCUAAUUUCUAGCCUCUUUCUUCUCUCUCUUUUUCUCGCCCUCUGAUUCAUAACUUGAUUACAACCCUUUGUUCAAAUUUGAGUUUGUGGUUCUAAAACCAAGGUACAAAUAUCAAUAUCUCUUUCAUAAUCUACCUCUCUAUACCAUUCCAACAUUUUGCAUACAUACAUACUCCUAUAUCUAUGCAAAUGAACAGAAAAUGGAUUCAAAUCACCAUUACCAUGACCCUUUUGUUGAUCCAUCUCAUUGCUGCUGAUAAUUCGUACGACGACGACAACGACGCCGAGGGCGAAAUGCUGAGUCUAGAGCUUGUCCAUAGGCAUGAUGCUAGAUUUGGUGGUGAUGAUGUAGAUCAGGUUGAGGCCGUGAAAGGUUUCAUUCAAAGAGAUUUGUGGAGGAGGGAGAAAAUGAUCAAUCAUAGGAAGGGAAUCAAUCAACAAGAUCAUCAUCAUCAUCAUCUUCAUAGGAGAAAGGAAAUGGAAGUGAGGAAGGAAUUCCAAAUGCCAAUGCAUUCUGGAAGAGACUAUGCUGUUGGUGAAUAUUUUGUUGAGGUGGAAGUUGGAACGCCGGGACAAAGCUUCUGGCUUGUGGCAGACACAGGGAGUGAGUUAACAUGGUUCAAUAGCAUUCCUAAUAAUCAUCAUUCCAUCGAUAAUCUUCCUCAUCCUCAACGUAAAAAACAUCAUAAGCAUCCUCAUCAUCAGCACCAUCCCCAUCAACCUGGGAAACAUAAACAUAAACAUAAACACAAAGGGUCAAAGACAAAGACAAAGUCUAAGAAGAAAACAAAAUCUAGACAACCUAAAUCAAGAACAGCCAAGGAUGAUCCUAAUGAUCCUUGUAAUGGUAUUUUUUGUCCUCAUCGUUCUCAUACAUUUAAACAACUUCCUUGUUCUUCUAAAAUCUGCACUCAAGAUCUAAGUGGAGUUUUCUCUCUUAGCUAUUGUCCUAACCAUUCUGAUCCAUGCCUUUUUGAUAUCAGCUAUGCUGAUGGAUCAUCUGCUACAGGAUUCUUUGGAAUUGACACAUUAUCAUUAAACCUAACAAAUGGAAAGCAAGGAAAACUUGAAAAUCUAACAAUUGGUUGCACACAAUCAGUCCUUAAUGGCAUCACAUUCAAUGAAAACACAGGUGGAAUAUUAGGUUUAGGCUUUGCAAAAGGUUCAUUUGUUGAUAAAGCAAGUCUAAAAUAUAAUACAAAAUUCUCCUAUUGUCUUGUUGACCAUUUGAGCCACAGAAAUGUGUCAAGCUACCUAACAUUUGGAAAUCCAAAAGUCAAACUCUUGGCUGAGAAGAAAACAACAGAACUUUUUCUAUACCAACCAUUCUAUGGUGUGAAUGUCACCGGAAUAUCGGUCGGCCGCGAAAUGCUGGACAUCCCGCCUAGGGUUUGGGACUUCGAAGCUCAAGGCGGCAUGAUAAUCGACUCGGGCACAACAUUAGCAGCCCUCGUUCAAGACGCGUAUGAGCCGGUCGUCGAGGCAUUGAAGAAGUCUUUGAGCCAUGUGAAAAAGGUUGAUAAAAGUUUAGGUGACUUGGACUUCUGCUUCGAGAGCGAAGGCUUCGAUCCGAGUUCGGUGCCGAGUUUGGUUUUCCAUUUUGGUGGAGGAGUGAAAUUUGCACCACCAGUGAAAAGCUAUGUGAUUGAUUUUGGACCAAAUGUGAAGUGUCUUGGAUUUGUGCCAAUAAAUGGGACUGGAGUUUCUGUGAUUGGAAACAUCAUGCAACAAAGUCACCUUUGGCAGAUUGAUGUGUACCAAAACACUGUUUCAUUUGCUCCUAGUAGAUGCAGCUAGAGAGUUAUUAUUCUUGUGUAGCUGUGUUUAAGUUUUAUUUCUCUCUUUGGAGAGACAAAUAUAAGCUACAUUUUGUGUUUUUGUUUGGAUUUGAUUAUUGUUGUGUAGAGUUUUUGUGUAUUUCAAAUGUUAUGUAAUAUAUUACAUUUAAACAUGUAUCAUACAACUAGUUUGAGUU